GAGAUAAAGUAGCUAAAGGAUAUUACUCCACAACAUGCUUUUUUUGUGAUGACCACUUGGUUAUUACUAAACCAAAUAAACUUAAAGCACAUCUUGUGUAUGUAUGCAAAAAAGUUGACUCAGAUAUUACAAUUAAAGUUUUAAUAUCAUUAACAAAUGAUUGUGUUGAUUCAGAUAAUGAUAUAGUUUCAAUAUCAACUACAAAAACAAAUAAAAAAUGUAGAUUAAAAAGUAAUAUAGACUAUGAUUAUGAAAAUAUUCCUACUUUGCCAAGUAAAGAAGAACAAAUUAAUAAUAUAUUACUAAAAAUGGUUGUAUGUUGUAAUUUGCCUUUUGCUCUUGUUGAGCAUCCCUUUUUUCAAGAAUAUACCAAUGCAUUAUGUGCUACUUAUUCUAUUCCAAGCCACUGGAUUGUAUCAAACUCACUUUUAGACCAAGAAGUUGCUUGA